AUGGGCGUCGUGCUUGGAAUUGCAGGUGUGCUAAUCGUUGCUCUGGGAGUUGAAAAUUACAACAAAAGGAAUGUCAGGUCUAAGUUAGGGAGAGGAGGAUUCGGCUCGGUGUUCAAAGGGUGUCUACCAGACGGUACAGUUGUGACCGUAAAAAAAAAGAAGUGUUCAAGACAAGAUGAGAAGAAAUUCCGAGCGGAAAUCAGUUCUCUUGGAAACAUACAACAUGUCAAUUUGGUCAGGCUUCGAGGGUUUUGUGCAGAAGGAUCGAGACGGUUACUGAUUUACGAGUACAAAGGCUCUCUGAAUUCCUUAAUGUUCACCAGCAAUUCCAAAAGUAAACGGGAGGUAGCUGAUCGGAAGACCCGAUUUGAGAUCGCACUAGGCACUGCAAGAGGAUUACUUUAUCUCCACGAAGUAUGCAGAGAUUGCAUCAUUCACUGCGACAUUAAGCCAGAAAACAUUCUGCUGGACAGUAAUUUGUCACCGAAGUUGGCCGAUUUGGGGAUGGCAAAACUUCUGGGUAGAGAUUUUAGCCGUGUGCUGACCACUACGAGAGGAACGAGAGGGUAUCUGGCAGUAGACAGGGAAGAGGUGAGAAGAACAUGUGUUGUAGCGUUGUUAUGCAUUCAAGAAGACGAGGAAGUGAGGCUAGUAUGA